UGGAGGAGGAAUAGCGCGAGAAACCGCCGGCAGUGUGUGCUGAGCCAGGCGGGCGGCUUGGCCCGCUUGCAGGGAAGUCGCUCCAGCCUGCUUGCUUGCUUGCCGGCAGCCGCCCGCACCGCCGGUCAAGAUGUCCGGCGGGCGGGUGUGCGCUGCCUGCGGCGGCUCCGACAUCGAGGUGGACUCAGCCCGGGGCGAUGCCGUCUGCACCGGAUGCGGUUCGGUGCUGGAAGACAACAUCAUCGUCUCCGAGGUGCAGUUCGUGGAGAACAGCGGCGGAGGAUCCUCGGCAGUCGGGCAGUUCGUCUCCCUCGACGCAGCAGGAAAAACUCAAACUGUUGGAGGAUUUCAUGUCAACUUGGGAAAGGAGUCGCGGGCACAGACUUUGCAAAAUGUGGUGUGA